AUGUCUUCUAUUCACAAAGCUUUGGCUGGCCGCACCCAGAAUAAGAAGGAUUCCGGAAAUGAAAAGCAGUUUAUGAACAAACAGCGUACGUUGCUGAUUUCCUCGAGAGGUGUUACUUUCAGACAUCGUCAUUUAAUCCAAGAUUUACAUAGCCUUUUGCCUCAAUCCAGAAAAGAGCCAAAGUUGGAUACCAAAAAAGACCUGGGUCAGCUGAACGAGAUAGCAGAGCUUUACAACUGUAAUAACAUUCUAUUUUUCGAAGCAAGAAAGCACCAGGAUUUGUAUAUGUGGCUAUCUAAACCACCUAAUGGGCCAACCAUCAAGUUCUAUCUACAGAACCUGCAUACAAUGGACGAACUCAACUUCACAGGAAACUGCCUAAAGGGCUCCAGGCCAGUUCUAUCAUUUGACAAUCGCUUUGACUCCCUUCCUCAUCUGAAGCUCAUGAAAGAGCUAUUUAUCCACAACUUCGGCGUACCACCUCAGAGCAGGAAAUCAAAGCCUUUCAUCGAUCAUGUUAUGUCUUUCAGCAUAGUGGAUGAGAAGAUUUGGGUUAGAACCUAUGAAAUCUCCCACUCUGCGAGGAACAAGGACGAGUAUGAAGAAGGUGAAGUACAGGAGGAAGAAGUGUCUCUAGUUGAGAUCGGUCCAAGGUUUGUCAUGACCCCAAUUUUGAUUUUAGAGGGCUCAUUUGGAGGCCCCAAAAUCUACGAAAACAAACAGUAUGUCUCUCCAAAUGUCGUUAGAGCUCAAUUAAAACAACAGGCUGCUGAAGAAGCCAGAGCGAGAUCUGAAGCUGCAGUUCAAAGAAAGUUGAAAAAGAGGGACAAUGUUCUUGCAGCAGAUCCUCUUUCCAAUGAGGCUUUAUUCAAGAACUGA